UUCUGCCUGAACCCCCCCAGAUCGAACGCUGCUACUACUUCCUCCACGCCUUCAUCGAAACCGCGCAGGAGCCCGUCGAUGGGCGGCUGGUGCAAUUCCUGCUCGCCAACCCUUGCAACGAUGGCGGCCAGUGGGACAUGCUGGUGAACAUCAUUGAAAAGUAUGGCGUCGUUCCCAAGAAGGUUUUUCCUGAAUCCACUACAUCGGAAACCUCCAGGCGGAUGAAUGACAUUCUGAACAAUAAGAUGCGGGAAUAUUGCCUCCGACUACGAAACAUGGUCGAGACCGGAUGCAGCAAAGAGGAGCUUUCAACAGCAGUCGACACCAUGAUCGAGGAGGUGUUCCGGGUCGUCAGCAUCUGCCUGGGGAACCCACCCACCACCUUCUGCUGGGAAUAUUACGACAAGGAGAAGAACUAUCACAAGAUCGGGCCCAUCAGCCCCGCGAAGUUCUACCAAGACCACGUCAAGCCGCUGUUUGAUAUGGAGAGCAAGGUGUGUCUGGUGAACGAUCCUCGGCCCCGGAACAAAUACAACCAGCUCUACACCGUGGAUUAUCUGGGCAACAUGGUGGGAGGCAGGAAGACCCUUUACAACAACCAGCCGGUGGAGUUCUUGAAAAAGAUGGUGGCCGCGUCCAUUCAGGAUGGAGAGGCCGUGUGGUUUGGCUGCGACGUUGGGAAAUGUUUUAAUAGCAAGCUGGGCAUCAACGAUUUGAAGAUAUACAAUCAUGAGCUGAUGUUCGGGGUGUCAGUCAAGAAUAUGAAGAAAGAUGAGCGGCUGAUUUUCGGGGACUCCAUGAUGACGCACGCCAUGGUCAUUACAGCCUUCACGAAGAAAGAAGAACCGGACGAGGGCUACGAGAAGUGGCGCGUGGAGAAUUCGUGGGGUGAAGACCGUGGGAAUAAAGGUUACCUGCUAAUGACAGACGACUGGUUCUCGGAGUUUGUGUACGAAGUGGUCAUCGACCGCAAACACGUCCCAGAGGAGGUCCUGGAGGUCUUGCAGCAGGAGCCCUUUUGCCUGCCCGCCUGGGAUCCCAUGGGGGCUCUGGCCCACUGAGCAGUUUUGACAAGGAGGGGACACCCCCCCCCAUUUUCUCCUUCUGGGUCAACUCCAAGCCGGUGGGAGCCCCGGGGGAGGGGGGGAGGUCUGCAGCCCGGGGUGGGGGGGGACCGAGUUCCCAGCUAGAGGUGCUAACAUUCACACAUAACCCCCACCCCACCCUUCGGAAGGCGCCGUCCGGCCAGGGUGGGUGGGUGGGUGGUCCUUGCAUCGGGGGUCUCUGUUUUUCAUUGUAACACAGUGUCACCUUCCUUUCUUUUUUUCUUUUCUUUUUUUUAAAAAAUGGCUUUCUAAACUCAUCCUAAUGCACUCAAUUUGAAGCGGGGAAAGGGGUUCUUUUGAACGAGCUGUAUACACACAAAAAAAACCCACAAAAAUACGGAGAUUUUACUAGGACUCUUUCUAAACCAGGAAAUGGAGGGUUAGCACCAUUGAAUCGAGAUGCGCCGUUUGGGGGAGGAGGAGGGAUGGGUCUCCCUCGGGGGGGGGGGGUCCUUGCCCUGCUGCCUUGUCGGAGGAUAAGAUCUGGGGCAAUGUGUGGGCCUUUAAUCCUGUAAUUUCUCCCUAUCCCAUCUUUUCCAGGCUGGGUUUUCUACAACCUGGCUGGCCGAUUUCCUUUACUGCAGGGGUCUCCAACCUUGGCCCCUUUAAGACUUGUGGACUUCAACUCCCAGAGUCCCUCAGCCAGCAAAGCUGGCUGAGGGACUCUGGGAGUUGAAGUCCACAAGUCUUAAAGGGGCCAAGGUUGAGACCCCUGCUUUACUGAAUUCUAUUCAAAGCAAAAGAAUAACAUAAGGAAAAUAUAUCUAGCGUUGAUAAUGACCUACCGGACCAAUAACUGGACAGUCCCUGAUGCGUCUUACCCGAAAACUCCAAGUUGGAGAAGAAGGUGGUUUUUUUCUUCUUCUUUUGCUCAACGGGAUUCCCGUUGGUGGGAUCUCCUUUUGGUGGGAUCUCCCACUCCCCCACGGCGGGGAAAGCAGAGCGAACAAUGGUUAUAAACAGGCCGGCGAAGGACACCUCCCCACCCUCCAGCGAAAAGGGAAGCAUUGAAAAAAAUAAUAAUAAAUAAAUAAACCGCAUUUCGUAUGCCCUCGACAACUCUUAUGGUGCUAUGAAGUAUUUUAAUUAAAACACUUGCCUGAAAUGA